AUGACAAACCAAGGGCAACCCUACGAACAUACUCACAAGUCAUCACUAUCUUCUCGGGUAUCACCAUUUCGGCGGCCUCAGAGUCCUGCCUCCCCCUCUCCGCUUAGACAGACUACACCGAGUCCAUCCCCCACUAAGUCAGCGGCAACAAUAACCACACCAUCUCAACUCGCUCAGUGCUCUUCAUCAGCGCUUGGAGACACGCACAUGAACAGUUUGAAUUAUCGACCGAGAUACAAUUUCGAGAAAAAUAAUCAAGCCUCAACUGGUAAGGCUAUCAAUACUAGCCUGCAACUUGGCGGUUCCUUAUCGUCGAGAAAUACAAAUGAUGGCAGCGCGCUCUCUAAAUUACAGGCAGGACAAAUCCGAGAAUUAAGAGAAGGAUUCCAAAUCCUUGAUCGAGAUAGCGACGGCCACGUCGGAAAAGAAGAUAUUGCUGAUAUGUUGACUCAGCUGGGCCUCUCUGCAAACUCAACAGAUUUGUCGGAAUUUUUCCCCUCAACAGGUCCUCAAACUGCCACAUUGCCAGCUUACCUUAAUUCCCUUGCGAAUAUCCUCAGCGAGCUUUCGCCUGCAUCAGAGCUUCUUACAGCUUUUUCAGCUUUUGAUGAAGAUGAUAGCGGACAGGUCGACUUAUCUGAGCUGAAGAAUAAUCUACUUCACAUAAAUUCUGAUCCAGGGGAAGCUCACCUAAACGAGAAAGAAAUUGAUAGUGUAGUAAACGGCUUCACUGCGCGAAGGGCAUUCGAUAAGAGUAUGGGAGGUGUACUUGGUAGAAGAGGUGAGAUUUUUAAGUACCAAGAUUUUGUUGCUAGUAUAUCGGGGGGUCUAGUCCACACUGGAGAGGGUAAGCGUAAUGUUGAUGAUUCGGACUGA